AUGUCGAUCCGUUCUCGCAGAGAGAACAACAGCGGCCGUCAUCGCUUCACCAUGUCCACCUUUCGCGGCAUGCAGCAGCCCGAGCUUAGCAAGAAGUUGAGUCGACUGAUAAAGAGCGAGAACUCGGCUAUCGGCGCGCAUGAGACAGCCGGCCGAGAGCGCAUAGCUAUUGCUUCUGCUCUCUCGGAAUGGGGCGAGUCGACGGGUGACGAAGCCAUCUCUGACCUCUCGGACAAAUUGGGCGUCAUGCUGGCGGAGAUCGGAGAGCAAGAGGACCUCUAUGCGCAGAACCUGGAGGACUCCCGAGGCGUGCUGAAGCAAAUCCGUAAUAUGGAAGCUUCAGUGCAGCCGUCCCGCGACCAGCGUCAGAAAAUCACCGACGAGAUUGCCAAACUGAAGUACAAGGACCCAACCAACACGCGCCUGGUCACAUUGGAGCAUGAACUUGUGCGCGCUGAGGCUCAGAACUUGGUUGCUGAAGCGCAGCUUUCCAACACCACCCGCACCAAGCUUAAGGAGGCCUAUGAUCUCCACACUGCCGCGGUCAUCGAGCGCGCAGAGAAACAAAUCAUCCUCGCCCGUCAUGCCCGCCGUCUGCUCGGCUUGAUCGACGACAGUCCCGUGGUUCCCGGUGACGUCCGCUCCGCGUAUGACAGUGAGGAAACCGCCCGUCAGAUUGUCGAAGACGCGGAGACUGAACUACGCUCGUGGGAGUCGAAUGUGGAGCCAAUCGGUAGCCCAACUGAGGAUGUGGCCCGUCAAAUGACCAGCGGUAGCCUGUCUGGUGGAACCGAGCAGGAUAUGGAGAGUAUUGCAACUGGACGAAGUGGUGUUGAAGCUGGUCAUGCCGUUCCCUCCUCGUCUAAGCCGCUCGAGGAGCCCGUCGUGUAA